GGCGGGGUUUUUGGACCAUCUCUCGAGUCGACUUGUUUCAUCCGCGCGCGGGGUCUUCUCAGUAUCGUUGCAAGUUAAAGUUAAUGGAUGUCCCGCCGAAGGUCGAUUGGGGGGAUUUUCAAUUUCAACUUCUGGCGGUCUACCGUAGUACGCGCUAAAUCGUGUAGCGUGAAGUUGAAGUUGUUGCGUGCGAACGUUUGGACGAAGCGAGGAGGAGGGAGGUCUACAUGUCAUGUAGUCCGAUCGAGUGCGCGCCAAGGGACCUGCUGGACUGCUCUAUCGAAAUUUUGGCGGGAGCAGGUUUUCAACUUUCGCCGGGAGCGGGGAGGCCCCAGCUGUGGUGUCUUGUGGGAGGCAAAAUCUUUUUGCCCCGCUCAUCUGGUCAUCUGUAAACCGCAAACAUGACGUCUCGGGAAAUGAGCACUGUCCCUGCAGAUCCGAAGCAGUGGACAAAGGAGGACGUUGCGAGCUGGUUAACGGAGAAGGGUUUUCAACAGUAUGCAGAGGUGUUCAUCGAGCACGAGAUCACAGGUUCGAUGCUCCUUCAGCUCGACAGGGAGUCCCUGGCAGAGCUCAUUCCGAUCUUAGCCCAUGUGCUGACCGUGCAUGAGCAUAUUCAAGAACUCAAAG